CUCCGAAACACAGAAGCCAGGAGAUCUCGCGUCCCAAGAACGAUGAAAUUGAUGGUUUUUAUCUGAAUUCAGUGGGAUUGAUUUCUUCAGCAGGCCAUAACUGACCUGGAGCUAUGGCUUUGCCUAAGAUUGCCUGUAUCGGCGUCAUUGGGAAAGCUGAUAAUCCACUCCACGUGUCGCUGUUCCCUCCCUAUGUGGAGUCCACUAUUGAGUUCUCUUUUAUAUUGAAUUCCUGUCUUGAUAUCUUUGAAAUACGCCGCAAACAGACGUCAAUUGACCAAGAUCUUGGUCUUUUGCAGGCUGUGGACGAGAGACUUGCAGCAUAUGGCUGGCUUUCUACUACGGGGGUAAAAUUCCUAGUUAUAGUUGACUUGAUUGGACAGUCCAUCAGUGAUGAAGGACCUAAAGGUUCCACCAAGUCGGGGUUAAGGGAAUUUGACCUAAAAGCAGUUUUCCGAACUCUCCAAACAGCAUAUGUGCAGUUGCUACAGAAUCCGUUUUAUCGACCGGACGAGCACAUGGCCACAGCGAAAGCCGUGUCAUCUUGCACUUCGCAGAUCACAGAUCAGAGGUUCAUUAACGAGGUCAACCGAAUUGGAAACUCAUGGGUUCCGACUGUAGCCUCCCUUUAAAAAACCAUGAACCCAUGCUAUGUGGCAAACAACCUACCGCUCUACACACUAUCUUCGAAGAAUCUCGAUUUUGAAGAUCACUUGUACUUUUGAUGACUCCCACCCUUGGUAUCCUCCAAUAAUCAUGGGUAUAACACGCACAGGAUUCGGUAUAGCAUUCUCUGAUGUACGGCAUUCGUAGGAGACAUCUGU